AAAACAGUGAAUUAUUUGACACAUCCUAAGGUCUUAGUGUUACUGCGCUUAUAUCAAUUCUCUGUCUACGUUGCAGCAGUAGUGUGAUGAACGCUAGAGUUGGUCGUAAAAAGUCGAAAAACCCUCCAUAUUUUUCUCAUGAGUUUGUUAUUACAAACCAUGGGGACAUUGUUAGCGUUGUUGCAAUGAUAAUCAUCGUUGGAUUGCUGCACAAGGGGACACACGUUUUGUCUUCAUCGUUCAUAUUUAUCCAAUAUAAUAAUACUGAUGAACACCAAGAAAAUGCCUUAUUAUACAGUUCGGGUGCAAAGGAUUUGUGCGCAAUAUUUUUCUACACCCUUAUAUGUAUUGUGUGCCAUGCUGUACUCCAAGAGUAUAUCUUCGAUAAAGUUACUCGAAAAUUAAGCUUGACGAAAGUGCGUCUGGCUAAAUUCAACGAGUCCGCGCACCUUGCAUGUUUUUAUGCCUUAUCCGCAGUUUGGGCAGUUUACAGCAUAGUUAGUGAAAACUUCAUACUAAGCCUAAGUAGUUUGUGGGAUGAUUAUCCGCAAAGAUGGAUCCCUUUUUGGAUCAAGUUGUUUUUCAUUCUUCAAAUAUGCUACUGGCUUCAUGAUUAUCCGGAGCUUUAUUUUCAGCGUGUCAAAAGUGAACUGAUACCUGCACGACUGCUUCAUGCGACAAUAUAUCUACUUGGAGUGUCUUUGGCUUACGUCGGAGGGCUGACCAAGUUGUGUAUGGUUCUUUUAGUACUUCACUAUAGUACUGACUUCUUUUUGCAUGUUGCUCGGGCCUUACAUCUGGCAGAUUACAAAUUCGCGUCUAUUGGUUUUACCAUAUGGAACUGGGCUUUCAUACCAGUACGCAUGGCCUGCGUCAUCCUGGGAUUUCUAACUUUGCACCAUGGUUUAGGGAAAAGCUCUGUCACAAUCGUCAAUGUUGCUGAAGGGAACUUCAAUACUCCUUCCAUAAGAACUGCUGCAAUGCUAUUUUUCUUCAUUGCACAAGCUUUGAUGGUUUGGAAUUUCAUAACAUUCCACCAAAGACAUCGUAGAGACAAGCAACAAUCAAAUAGCUCCAAGAGCUGGUUUUUCACUAGUCAAGAUUCUGCACAGAAGAAAAAGGAUAAGAAGAAAGUAAAACGCGAGGAUGAAGACACUAGCGACCAAACAGAAACAGAUCAGAACACACAAAAGGAAUUUAGGAGACGAAAAUUGAUCAAAGCUCGACCACAAUAGCCUCAUCUUUCUUUUUUAUUGACACCUAAAACCAGUAAUUUGAACCUUGUCUAUGGCAGUUUGUUCUACCUGCGUUUUCUUUGUAAAAAUGUUGAUAAUCUUAGACCAUGGAUAAAUUUUGUUCAUCUAUAAUGGCAGGAGUGUUUCUGUUAGUAUUCAUCUUGUUACACACUAAGAUUUAUAUCCCUCUGACAUUCUUAUCGUCUAUUGACGUUACUUCAUAUCUCAGCUUAACACUUUGUUCUACCCUCAUACCAUAUUCGCUUGUUGUUCACUUUUUAAAGUCAAAUGUGUAUAUGCACUGAAUAGCAAGGUCAGCAAAUUGUUCUAAUUGGGAGUCGCAUCCUUCGGUUGUAAAAAUACUGAAGGAUAAAAUAAAUUUUGUAUCUACGGGUGAAGUAUGGAAAAAACCAAAUUGUCUAUAAACGUACAUAUUUAUUUUCAU